AUGUCAAGAGUCAAAGAUGUCUCGGAGGAGUCGGCCUCCACAACCCUGUGUCAAGCGUUAGAACGAGAUCUUAAAUUGGAAGAAAUUCUCGAACCAGAAUCAGCAUCGGGCAUCCUCAAACGACCGCUUUCAGUUGGGACGGCCCAUUCGACGGUCUCGAAGUUUGCAGAGCGGGAGCAUACCGCAAGAUUGACCGCGCCGACUUCUGAGCUCAGGGAUAUUGGUAGAGGAUCAUGCGGGAGUGUUUUCGAAAUACCGGGAACAGCACAUGCUAUCAAGAAGGGCACCGAUGUCCGUUCCAUCUGGAAUGACUUCAACCUCACCAACCUCGCGCACAACAGUUGUGUCGCAUCAACAAACUUGUUUAAAUACUCUUUCCCUAACCCCCAGAUCCCUCGAGUACCCAAGGCAGAAAUGUACAACUCCCCCGAGUCUGAAGAUUGGUGGCGGUUCAACUUGCUUCGUUUCCCCAAGGCGGAUAGAACUGAAGCAGCGGUGUUCUAUCUCGACCGCAUCCUCCCGGUUACUGAAAUCACACGAUACGCACUUGUGAAUAAAUUCUUCCUUCCGGACACUAAGAUACAGCAAGCAGUCCUCGGCAAUAUAGACAACCAAGAUUGUCUGAUCAGGCUUUACUUCGGGAAGCACAAACCAGAUGAUAGCAUGUACAAGGAGGAUGACACGCUCCGCAACUUUCCAUUGUACUUGGACCAAGCGAAGGCCAUCGACAUCGACAUCAACAAUUACGCCAGAGAGAUGGCAAUUGGUCUCGCUAUAUUGCACUGGGAAGCACAGAUCGAUGCCGCGGAUACAGAAUUCGUGAUUGGAACCUCUACCACUAAACUCUUUGGCCUCCACUAUGAAAACCAUCAAUCAAUGAUGCUACCCAGAUCUACUAUGGAGAACUUCACCCAGCGCGAAACACAACUGUGGAUGCUGGAUUACGACAAAUGCAUCAAAAUCAGCUUUGAAACCUCGAAUUGGGACCAAGAUGUGGUUCAUCCAUACUAUGUCGCAGUCACAGGCAACGACCCCUACUUCCCGCACCCCUGCCUCGACAUCAAAUUGUGGCAAAUUUUCCGGCAGGCAUACCUGAAGGCAAGCCACAUCAUUAUUAAAAACAGAAACUUGAGAAAGGAGAUGAUGAAACUGCCCGAUCGAGUUAUUGAACGAUGGGAAAUUUGGGGAAAUGACAAUCUCGCGACUGAGGAGGAAGAUUUCGAUCCUUUCGACCGGACCGACGAUGGCACCUAUGAAGCUGAAGAGGGUACCGACAGCGAAAACGAAGAUGAUAGCGAAGAAGAAAGCGACAUUGAGGAGGACGAGGAUAUCACGGAUGAUGAAGACAGUACAGCUGAAGAUGAUAGCGAGGACACAGAACAAUAA